AUGGAAUCUACCAAGAAUCUCAAGGCGCGUCGCCGACAAGACUACCGUUACCACCUUGACUAUCGAACACGAUGGUCCGAUAACGACAUGUAUGACCACAUGAACAAAUCCGUCUACGGCUUCCUCGUCGACUCCAUAAUAUACGCUUACCUCAUCAAAACCUGUGGCUUCCACCCACCCACCGCCGAAAUGUAUGGAGUGGCCGUGGACGCCCAUACCGAGUUCUUCUCGUCAAUCGCAUAUCCCGCCGUUGCAGAGCUGGGCCUGCGCGUGAACAAACUCGGCAAGUCCAGCGUAACGUAUGAAGUUGGUGUUUUCGAGCAAGGUGUCGAUGAUCCCAAGGUUGUGUCGCACUGUGUUCAUGUUUUUGUGGAGCGUUCAACGGGGAGGCCGGCGCCGGAGGGUAUGAGGGUGGUUUUGAGGGAGGCUCUUGAGAAGUUGGAUGUGGGAGUUGAAACGAGUAAAUUGUAG